AUAUUCUUGCGCGCACCCACUCUCCUCCUUUUCUAGAGCGUCCCUUUCACUGCCAUCACUUCUCUCUUCUUUCCUGAUCUUCCUCUGUUUCGCCCCUCCUUUGUUUAUCUCCUUUUCAGCUUUUCUUAUUUUCUUCGUCGUCGUUUCCAACGCUGAGAUUGAAAGUCAUCCGCAGACAUCAAAAUCCAGAAGAAAAUCUUCUGGAAUCAUCUUUUCAGCAAAAGGCUCAAUUGGGAGGGGUGUGGUAUGGAUCUGUGUGCUGUUCAUGUCAAGAACAUUACUCGGAGCCCUCUUUUGGUCAGAAACUCGUUUUACGAGAGACCCGCUUCUGGCAGGACUUUGGGAAGGACAGGAAUUUCUUCCAGAGUUGAAGAUGGGAGAAUUUUUAAGAUCAAAAUUUUGAAGCGUAAUGUAUGCUUUAAAGGGUGUCAGCCAUUUUCUGUGAAAGCUAUGGGGAAGAAAAAAAAUGACAAUUCGUCGUCUUCAGGAGAUGGUGAGCAUUCUAUCCCUGAAGGAGAUGGUGUUCGAGAUAACAAUUCCUCUGAUGGCAACAAAUCAGACAUGAAUUCUGGGGGAUCUGAUCGUACUAAUUUGGAUUGGAGAGAAUUCCGAGCAAAGCUAUUAAGAGAUGAGCUGAAAGAAGUAGCAGAAUCUGAUGCUCAAAAUCAAGGCGGGACAUUGCACAGCUCCAAACCACUUGGCCCAAAGUGGGCUCACCCUAUUCCAGUGCCUGAGACUGGUUGUGUACUUGUUGCCACAGAAAAGCUUGAUGGUAUUCGCACAUUUGAAAGAACUGUCGUACUACUCCUCAGAUCUGGAACUAGGCACCCACAAGAAGGGCCUUUCGGAGUUAUCAUCAAUCGUCCUCUUCACAAAAAGAUUAAACACAUAAAUCCUACUAAUCUUGAUUUAGCAACCACUUUCUCUGACUGUUCGUUGCAUUUUGGGGGACCUCUCGAGGCAAGCAUGUUUUUGUUAAGAACAGGGGAGAAGUUGAAGCUACCAGGAUUUGAAGAGGUGAUCCCCGGCCUAUGCUUUGGAGCUCGAAACAGUUUGGUUGAAGCUGCAGUGCUCGUGAAGAAGGGAUUACUGAAGCCACAGGAUUUCAGAUUCUUCGUUGGCUAUGCAGGAUGGCAGCUGGAUCAGUUGAGAGAGGAGAUUGAGUCAGAUUAUUGGUAUGUGGCUGCAUGUAGCUCAAGUUUGCUUUCUGGCGCUUCAACAGAUUCCUCAGAAAAUUUGUGGGGUGAGAUUUUGCAACUCAUGGGUGGCCAUUACUCUGAAUUGAGCCGGAAGCCCAAGCAAGAUAUAUAGUUGCUAGCUUAUCAUCUAUGCUUCAUGAAUUGAAGUCUCUUGACAGAUAAUGAAGCAUGCUUUGUAAUCAGGAUGCUAUGUGGGGGGAGCCAAAAAUGUACAUAAGUUCUCUUUGAUGCAAAAUACUUGGAUAUAUUUCUUCUCUGGCCUUCACUAUUAUUCAUUUCAGUAGCAAUUCCACUCUAUAGGAGUUUUGUAAGUAUGCUUGUUAUAUAUAGCUCAGCUAAAGGAUAAGAUCAAGUUUUCUGCUUUGGCUUGGAA